AUGCCGGCCGCCAGGACGAGCGCAGGCCGGCCGGGCCGGCCGAUCCAGGCGGAGAACGGCGUUUUGCGCUCAAUCACGCUCACGAAUUUCAAAGCCCAUUCGCACUUCCACCUCGACUUCAAUCCGCACGUCAACUUCAUCGUCGGAAGCAAUGGCACCGGCAAGAGCGCCAUCCUCGCGGGCGUGAUCCAGGCGCUGGGAGGGAACCCAAACAAGCACUCUGGCACGGCGGGCGGCGCCCGGGCGGCGCAGGGCCUGAUUCAGGACGGCAAGGACUACGCGAGCGUCGUGCUCGUGCUGUACAACGGUUCGGACGACCCGUGGGAGACGCAGCGCGCGUCGACCCAGACCCAGGCGCGCCUCGAGGAGGAGCGCAACGUGACGGUGACGAGCGAGCUCACCCGCCUUGCCGGCAACAAGACCAGCUCGCGCUACAAGAUCAACGGCGUGGCCGCCACCCGCAAGCAGGUCGCGGCGCUCGCCGAGCACUUCAACCUGCAAGUCGAGAACCCGUGCGCCGUCCUGACCCAAGCCGUCCACGCAAACUUCCUGCGCGAGACGUCGGGCGGGAAGCGGCGGUACGACUUCUUCCUGGCGGCGUGCAACGCGGACAUAGUGCGCGAGCGGCUGCUCGCGGCGAGGGACGAGUACAAGGGCAUCGCCACCUCGCUCGAGAAGCACGAGGAGCGUGGCGCGCCGCUCGCCGACCGGGUGGGCGAGGCGACGCGGCGCGAGGAGUCCGCCGUCGAGGAGCUCGGCCGGCUGCGCGCGCUCACCGAGGAGCGGACGCGCGAGCGGGAGGUGCGACUGCAGCAGCUGCACGCAGCGCAGGCAGCGGCCAAGGCGGCCGCGCAGGAGCACCGGAAGGCGCAGCGCGCGGCGGGCGAGGCGCAGGACGCGCUGGGGGAGACGCGCGGCGAGCUCGCGGCUGCGCGGCGGCGGAGGGAUGAGGUUUCGGCGCAGCACGAGCGCAAGAGGGGGAACCUCGACAGCGCCAAGGCGGCGGCGGCGGCGAGGCUCGACGCGGCGCGCCGCUCCGCCGGAGACGCGAAGGCCGCCGCCGCCGCAGAGGUGGCCGAGGUCGAGGCUGCGCGCGAAGCGGCAGCGCGGCAGGCGCGCGCGUCCAAGGAGCGGGCCGACGGCACGAGCAAGCGGGCUGAGGCGCUGCGGCGCGAGGCGGCGGCGGCGAGGGACGACCUCAGCCGCGCGCGGUCAGCGCAGGGCGACCACCUCAAGCGGAUCGACCCGGCGAUGCCCAAGCUGCUCGCCGAGCUCGGCCGCGCGCGGUGGCCGAGCGGCCACCCGCCGGUCGGGCCGAUUGGCGCGCACACGCACGCGCCCAAGCUCUGCAGUGUCCGCAUCCUCGUCCAGCAGCGAGAGGCGCGCUUCAAGCCGGCCCCCUCGCGCCACCCCGACGUCGCCUCCGUCCUCGACGCCGUCGAAGCGUUCAACGCGCUGCUCAACUUUUACUCGCCCGAGGCGCUGCUCAUCGGCGGCCUCACAGACGCUCGCGAGCUGUUUAAGAAGCGCGUGCCCUUCGUCGCCUUCGACGCCGACGGCAUGAAGCACUACCUGCGCGGCGAGCUCGAGGCGUCGGAGCAGACCGGCAGCCACACGGCGCGCGGGCUCAUGCGGAUGGACUCGGCCGCGGUGCUCAGCGGGCUCGAGCAGCGGCAGGCGGCGGCAGAGGCGGAGGCGGCGCAGGCGGCCGAGGAGGCGCGCGGCGCGGCGGCCGAGGCGGCGCGCGGGCGCGAGGAGGAGGAGGCGCUCGGCAGGCGGUGGCGGCAGGCGGCGGAGCGUGCCCGCGCCGCCGAGCGGCAGAUGGCCGGCGUCGAGCAGGCGGGCUUGCGCGACGACGUGGAGGAGGACCUCCGGCUGCUGCAGGAGGACCUGUCCGAGAUCGAGUCGGACAUCGGCCGGCUCGCGCAGGAGGAGAUGGAGCGCGAGGGCGCCGCGCGGCUAGCGAGCGAGGCGGUGCCGCCGCUGCAGCGCUCUCAGAAGCUGGCCGAGGCGGAGGUGCGCUCGCUCGGCGGGCGCGGCGCGGCCGAGGGCGACGGCGGCUUGGACGAGGAGCUCAAGCGUGCCAACGGCGCCGUGCACAAGGCGCGGCAGGCGGCGGAGCGGCAGGCGCGCGCCUUGCGUGAGCAAGAGCUCGAGGUUGAGCGGGCAAAGGAGGAGGCGGAGGGGAUCCGCGCGAGAGUGGCGUCGCAGUUCGCCGAGCCCGAGGCCGCGGGCGGCGGCGCCGGGAGCAGCGGCGGCGAGUCGGUCGAGGCGGUGCAGAAGCGGCUGCAGAAGAUGCGCGCGGCGCUCAAGAAGGCGGAGCACCUCGCGGGCGGCGAGAACCGCGGCGAGACCACCUACGCGGCGCUGCUGCAGGCGCAGCGUGACGCGGAGCGCGCGAUGGCGGAGCACGAAGAGCAGAUCACGGCGGUGAAGGCGACGGCCAAGGUGGUGGAGGAUUCAGUGCAGGAGCGGUACAAGUUCCACCGCCGCUUCCUCAAGGCGCAGGGCGUGCAGGCCGUCUCCGACUUCCAGAUGCACCUGAGCCGCCGCUCGAUGGGCGGGUCGCUCCGGUUCGACCACAAGGAGGACGUGCUCGAGGCGCAGGUGGCGCCGCGGGCGGGCGACGCGGCGGCCCGCUCGACGACGGCGCUCCGCUCGCUGUCGGGCGGCGAGCAGGCCUUCUCGACCUUGUCGCUCGUCCUCGCCAUGUGGCAGCUCUCGGCGACGCCGAUGCGCGCGCUCGACGAGUUCGACAAGAACAUGGACUCGUCCUUCCAGGCCGCGUCGCUUAAGCUGCUCUUUGAGAUCUUCCGGCAGCAGCCGGGCCGACAGUUCCUCAUCCUGACGCCGCUCGACUACUCGUCGCUCUUUCGCGAGGCGGGCGUCGACGAGCGCGACGCGGUAAUCCACCGGAUGCCCGACGUUGUCCGGCACUGACGCGGCUGCAGUGGCUGACGAAGCGCUGUCGCGCCUAGCUCCAUUCUCGGGAAGAGCAGCACGAGGGCCGCUCUCUCGCCGGUGGGCUCUGGCCCAACGCCAUACAGUGCCGGUCAGACUUGAGUGCGUUGGAGGCGAAGCCGUAUCAUGUAGAGAUGGUGUGUGAGUGUGUGUGUGUGCGGGACUGUCGGCGAGCCGGCAUGCUAGGCCACUCGAUUUUAUGCAUGGUAACUGUAAUACACUUUAUACCA